ACCUGCUCCCCGAGCUGCUAAUGUCACGUUAGCAUCCUACCUGUUCGUACUGUAACACUUCUCCUCCGCGGUGUCGUCGCCCCUCACCCCCGGCAGCUGUCUGGUCCCACCUCACCUCACCUCACCUCACCUCACCGCAGGCGCUCGUCCACUCCUGCUCCGUCGGUCUCGGCGAGUGAUUGAAUGCGGCGAGACCGGCAUCCGUGGACAAGCAGCACGCACACAAAGGGCCAUUGAUUGGUCAAGGAUGACCAUGGACGACAUGAAGAAUGAAGCCGCCACCGCCUCGAUAGUCUCCAUGGCUGUCUACGCCGUGAUGUAUCCCGUCUUUAACCAGUUGGAGCAAGUCAAUCUGUCAGCAGCGCAGACCUUGAGAGCAGCUUUUAUAAAGGCAGAGAAGGAGAACCCAGGUCUGACCCAGGACCUAAUUAUCAAAAUACUGGAGAGGAAGAACUUAAAAAUCAACUACAGCGAGUCUCUGCUUCGCAUGGCUGCCGACGAUGUGGAAGAGUUCAUGAUUGACAGGCGAGAGCCAGAGUUCCAGGAGCUGAAUGAGAGGGCCCGAGCUCUGAAACACGUCCUCAGCACCAUACCAGACGAGAUCAAUGACAGAGUGGGCUUCCUACCAACCAUCAAAGAUAUUGCCAGUGCCAUAAAGGAGCUGCUUGACACCGUUAAUACCGUCUUCAGGAAAUAUCAGUAUCCGAACCGACGGGCUCUGGAACAACAGAAGAAAGAGUUUGUGAAAUACUCCAAGAGGUUCAGCGACACACUCAAAACCUACUUCAAUGAUGGAAAAGCGAUGAACGUGUUUGUCAGCGCCAACCGGCUCAUCCACCAAACCAACAUGAUCCUGCAGGCCUUCAAGACCGUGGGGUAGCAGCUGGAGAAGACACACGCACACACAUACACGCACGCAUACACACACCGGCAGACAUUUUUAUUUGAGAAGAGGUGAUAUGAGGCUGUGUAAUUUGUAAAGACGUUGUAUUUUUUUGAGCUGUAUAAUUUAUAAUUUCGUGGCUUUGACGGGAGAUCAGGUAGUUUGAGGUUCAAAGCGAAUCAGGUUGACGGUAAUUGCCAGGGAUCUUUACUCUUUUUUAUGUUGCUCUUUUAUCAGAUCUUAAGUCGGUAUUUCUUCAUUCCUUUAUAUAGCUCCCUCCCUGCUCAGUAAUAUGAAGGUCUAAAAAAAAUUUAUAAGGGAAUGUGAUCAUUUGCCAUGUCAUUGUCUUGCAAACUUACAAUAAAAAGACCUGAUAUUGAGUUUCCAAA